AUGUCAACAUCAACAAAUGAACCUGCAUCCUCAGGAACGACCGAGAAGACACUUGAAGAUGUGAAAACUUUCAAUGAUACAGCACCCGAAAAUGCUGUCACAGCAGUAAACAAAAGGAAGGAACCACCUCCUGAGAAGCCCGAAAAUGCUCGCAUGCGAACCCAAGUUCUUAUUUCAUUCUGGGCCAUUAUUUUAUUAUUUGGUGUGCCAAUAUGGUGGAGAACGACGACAAUAUAUAGAGCUCCAUUACCUUUAGAUCAAAUGACAGAUUGGGCCGAAGGAAGAGCAUGUCGACCAGUCUUUCCACUUACAAUUUCAAUAGAAGCCGAAUCGUUACAAGACAACGAAGCUCAAAAUCUUUUGCGAACUACACAACAUGCUUUAGACGAUUUAAAUGAUUUCUCCGCGCAUCAUCUACGGUUACAACUUUCCCCGCCAAACAAUGCUUCCGCGACUCUGAAGGGUUUCUCAUCUGGAGGCAUGGGAGAGGAUGUUGCUUUGACUAUUAGACUUCUGCCUGGACCGGCGUCACAAUUCAAUUUGCAAGCCUAUGCACCUGUUUUAGAUAUAUACUAUUCUCCAAAUCAAAUUCCCUCGAGUUCGUCAUCAUCAUCUUCAUUAGCGACUUAUAUUGCGAAUACCUUACGCGGCGUGUUUGCCGAAGAACAGGCUAUGAUCGCAUACUUACUUUCCACCAGCUCCGCACCGCCAGAAAGAAGCCCCAAAGUAUUGGCGCCGGAAGUGGCAGAUACUUUGGCCAAAUGGACAACGCGAUCAUUGAAAUAUUCUGGAACUUAUCACUUAACCUUCUCCCUCUUUACUCCAACUGCUACUCCCUCCUCUUGGGACAUUGAAGCUGCGCUAGAGGAAUACAUGAAACCAUUACUUGAAAGCUUCACUGCUAUCAGUAAUUUCACAAUCGAUACCCAAGUACAAUUAUACGCCAACCCCGGCGUCAGCGGAAAUAUCUUACGAAAAGAAGAUCUGAGCGGAUUCAUUAACGCCGCUGAAUGGCCCUUAAGUCCUAGUAUCGGUGGCGCGCCGACUAUAAAUUUCAUUCUCUACCGCUGGCCUUCUGCUAAAAGCAAGUGGUACACUGGGGAGUCUAGCCAGAUUGAGUAA